AUGGAUGAAACUCCUGUUUAUUUUGAUAUGUUUACAUGUGUUCUUACAGUUCUUGCAUAUGGUACAAAAUUACCACCAAUUGUUAUUUUUAAAGGUAAGCAAAUAUCAAAGAAUUUACCUUCUAGAAUUAUUGUAUUGAUACACCCAAAAGGAUGGAUGAAUGAAUCUGGAAUGAAAACCUGGUUUAAUAAGGUUUGA